CAAAAAAAAAAAUGCAGGUGUUCCACUUCGACUCGUUUGCCACCCAUCAGCAGCAGCAGUGCUGAAAAGUAUCUCGGAAUCGCAAUAAUCGCGCUCAGAAGUUGAAAAAUAAGUGGACACCGUCUUCCGAAAACGGUCCGCUUCUACCAAGUGCCGUGAACAAUAUCGCCGUAACGCGUGUGGUGUUAAUUAACAGACAGUGUAAGUUUCGCUGGCAGGCCGCAGGAGAAUCCCGCGCUGCUAAUUGAACCGAUUCCGAAUUAGGUGAAGCCAGCAGGAAAGUGAAGUGAAAACGUAGUAAGAAAAGAUGACGCGUUAGAAAAUCCCGGAUCGCACUCUUUCCCUCUCUGUGGUGUGGCGAGGAUAUUAUUUUGCGGUUCCUUGCUGCGUAUGUGUUGUUUGUCGGGGGAAUAUUAUGUAAUUUCGGAUAAAUCGGAGGAAAAUAUCGGUGUUAUUUAUGGGUCGAUGACUCGGCCGAAUUUAUUAUUCAAAGAAACCGGCAGGCUCUUGCGGGUCGCAAGGAAUUGAUAACGGGUGCCCGUUGACCGAAAAGGAAAUUACGCAGAACCGGAGUGCAGCGAAACGAAGUGAAAAGGAAAACGAGCAGAUGCAGAAGCAGCGCUGUGCAAUCCAUUCUCUGUUUUCGAUUCAAUCUUGCUCAUCUCAUCAUCGGUUACCGGAGUUUUUGUGUGCGGGUUUCGAUUGUGUGUUUUGUGGAUUCGGAGUGCUGCCACCGUUAAGAAGAACACGCCAGCAGCAGUGCCGACCAGUGACCAGAUUUGCAUGUGUAUAAUAAACUCGUAUAUCUGUGUACCAGUGAUAUAACUACCUAUGUGCUAUCAUUCAUGGGAAAUGUACACCGCUUUGCGAGUCAAUAAAGAUUGAUUAAAGCCACUGUAUGUACUCUCGAUAGAAGUUCAUGAAAAGGUUCUCCGGUGGAAGAAAUACGAAAUACAAAGUGCAGAAGAAUGAAUUGAAAAGUGUGUGGUGCAGAAGAAGAUCGCAAAAAUUAAAACCAAGUUGUGGCGUAAGAAUGACGAGAAGAAGCGCUGUAAACGCUCGAAAAGAUAAUGGAAUUUUUUGUGAGUCUGUACGUAAACUUAGAGACGAAGCAAACGAGAAGAAACGGUCACAGCAUCAGUAAUUGGGAUUAUUUUCGGUGGCCUUGAAAAGGAACGAGUUUUAAACAAAAAAAAAGUUCAUUAGCAAGUGCUUCUUAAAGAGACGCACGCAACGUGCUUAGAAGCGGGAGUGAUUGAUAGUGCUGAAAAGUGUCUUCGGAAUACGCUUCUAGAUGACGACGUCAUCGAACAUUGACGCGCACUUUUCGCCGGCUGGCGGUGGAAGUGGCGGUGGUGGUAAUGGGUCAGGCCAAAUGCCCCAAUACCCUUACCAACAACAGCAGCAGAAUCACCUGCCCUCGCAACACCACAAUCACGCCCACCACAGCCAGCAUCUACAACAUACGGCCCAGCAGCCGUUCCCGGUUGCGUUGCCGCCCGGCGCCUUGGUAACGCCCGGCAAUACAAAACUAGUGACGACGCCGAUGCCGAUAUCGGCCACUGGGCGUACCAUUUCGCGCCAGAAGCCUACGGUGGGUCGGGAAGCCGAGGAGAAGGCGACCACCUUGCCGUCCAGGGUUUCACAACUCUAUUACAAGCAUGGGUUGUUCCUGUCCAGCUAUCCGACCUGUGCGACUAGCGUUGCUAUUGCCGUCAUCAUAUUCUGUUGUUUCCCUCUGCUUAACAUCCCACUUCCGGGCACGAUCCCAACUAAAGUGAUAUUCCCAUACACUGAGCAAAUUGGCCAUAAUCUACACCUGACCAACAUAAACGCCAGCGAGUCCAGUCCUUCGGACAUGUACAAUCCGUUCAACUUCAAUGGGAACAACUUCUUCAACAUCUACAACAUCAGCUUGGAACCGCCGUUUCCUUGGGCCCGUAUAGAUCCGUUACUGUACGUGCAGCAGAUCAUUAUGCGAUCCAGCGUGGUUCCGUGGGAGGAUGGCCUGCAGCUGAUGGACGCCUAUCGCGGUCCGCUGUACGAGGUGUUCAAGCUCAUUGAAAUAAUUCGGAAUCACGAGGACGAAAGCAAAACAACCUUGAGUCAUCUGUGUUUGCAUGUGGAGAAUGUGAAGCGCGCCUCGCAACAAAUGCUGUUCCCGGAGUAUAACUGUUUGCUUCUCUCGCCGGCAAAUUUGUGGCAGCAAAAUGUGCAAAGCUUCAACAAAGAUAACAGUUUGCUAAAUACGGUUUUUCUAACUCAUAAUUUGCAAAAAUCCAAGGUGUCUACCUCGGAGAUGCUGUUUGGGAUCACCCUUCGAGAUACCGGUGUCAAGCGGUACCCCAUGCGAGUCCGUUCGCGAAUCGUCCAGUACGCUGUGACGUUGAUCCUCCGCGAGAACAAUCCUGCAUUCAUCAAUUCGUUGAAGGAAAAACUCACCAAAGCCUAUCCCCUGCAUCAGCCGGUUCCAUCGGAAACGGAACCAUCCCAAACAACUUCGCACAGCAUACGGGAUCAAUCGUCCAUCAUGUACAUCUUCUAUCCGGGAGAGUUCGAUUGGAAAGAGUUUCUGCCGCAGUGCAUUACGAUCGUGAUGCUGUUUCUGUACGUUUACUUCUCGGUUCGGAAAAUUGACGUAAUUCGAUCGAGACUGGUGUUGGCUUUCAGCGCUGUUCUUACCGUGUUGGGCAGUUUGACUAUGUCUUUGGGAAUGUGCUUUUUCUUUGGAUUGACCAUUAGUUUGCAGUCGAAAGGGGUCUACCCGUACUUGGUGAUUUUGGUGGGACUAGAGAAUGUGUUAGUCAUCACGAAAAGCGUCUUAACAACGGAUAGCAAUCUGGACGUAAAGAUUCGGCUAGCUCAGGGUCUUUCCCGAGAAGGAUGGUCCAUUACGAAGAAUCUGUUGACAGAGAUAACGAUUCUAACGAUAGGAUUGUGCACUUUUGUCCCGGUGAUUCAGGAGUUUUGUAUUUUCGCGAUCGUUGGUUUGGUGUCGGAUUUCUUCCUUCAGAUGAUGAUCUUCUCGACGGUGUUAGCGCUGAAUAUCAAACAGGUUGAGUACAGUGCGGAGGUUCGACAACUCCCAAAGAUGCUGUAUUAUAAUAGCGACAUACGGAGGAACGCUACGGACGCUAAUCGAAAUGGUGGGAUAAGUCGUUCGAUGUCGCAUCCGAAGUUGUCCGGAAUGGAUCAAGGAAGUGGUCACAAGAAGAAUAGUCUCACUACUUCUGGAAACGGAAAGGAUAAGAAGAUACCGAAACGCUUGAGAAUCGUCAACUUCUGGGCCCGAACGCGUUUCUUCCAAAGAGGCUUCAUGAUCUGGAUGGUGUUAUGGAUAUCGAAUAUUAUAUACAACUCCGGAUUGAUCGAGUUGAUGAUCGACAAGAAUCUUUCAGCGCAACGAGCUGCUAGCGAAGCAAGCAAAGUGGACAUUCCAAUGAAUGAUAUGCAUGAUCUCAGGUCGGCAGAAGCCAAUCAUAUGAACUAUAAUCACUUCACCGAGGAAGAGCUUCGCGGUGGCAAUGAGCGCAUUUUGAAUAUUACCGAGCAACUGAACCGUCUCAAACAUCCAGACUAUGAAACCGUCUAUCAUCUGUCGAAUUUCCACUGGUCAUCUAUACUGAAGCAGUACAACAUAUCUCUGUCUGGAAGGUACGUAACCGUGUUACCUUCGAUCAAGUUGUCCCACGCGGUGAGUCCUCAAGUUGCAUUGAAGUUACGCAACCCGGAAGAGAACACGCCACAUCACUUCCAGUGGAAGGCACUGGCAGCUGCCUUGGACCCGUUGGACCUAAACGACGUUGAUACUGGAGAUACUCCAAGUAUGAGCACCACAAAUGCCCCUUUUUAUCCAAAGACUCCAAUGGAGAUUCUGCUAAGCUGUAUGCUCAUUGCGGUGAGCAUUUUCGUUUUGACGUACACGCUUAUAAUGCUUUAUCGAUGUAUGUGCACACGAAACUAUGCCGAAUGGCGUGCCAGCUGGAAUGAGAGCGAAACCGAAGAACCCAAGCAAGAGCAGCGCAUCCUGGAGGGUGUUCCAAUUCAGGUAAACGGCCAUAAGCAUCGAAUUGAAUGUGUAGUAACAGAUGGCAAUAUGAUUGCCAGUUCGUGCUUGCAAGGGCAAGUGAAAAUUUGGGAUGUUACAAAUGGGGAACUGGUGGCGCAAAUUCAUCGAGUCAGUAAUCUAGACAUGCAACGUAAGGAAAUGCAAAGCUCUCCGAAUGGGUCCGUCAUUGUGAAAAGCGAACCAUCAAGUACAAACAUUACAGGAGUGCAGGAACUCUAUCCGGAGCAGUCUCCAACCAGUUUUGCGUUUAAGCUGAAGAAGAAACUUCAAUUCAAUUUUACUAACCAAAACCAUCACGAUAAACCGAUGGAUACCUCUAUGUUUGACUUUGCUGCCCAGUAUGAUCGUCAUUUCACCAGUGAUCCAUGUGGGAAUCAUCAGAAGCGUAUGAGCAAUGGAGGUCUGGAUUUAGAUGAGCAGAAUCUUAGGAAUCGAUUUCUUUCAAACAAUCGCUACUAUGAAGCAGCAGUCAAUCAGCCCAAGAGCAAUCGAUCACCUCCUCCUCCUUCUUCUGGGAGCUAUCAACGGUCUCACAGUGGGGAGGACGAAACUCAGCGAGCCCUCACUGUUUCCGGAUCGCCACCAGGUGGUGCAAGUGCAACAGUUCGCAAGAAAACCUACCAGCCAUCGCCGAUAUGGUGUUUGGACUUUUUGGAUAAUCUCAUUGUGAUUGGGUGUGCGGAUGGGAGGUUGGAGUUUUGGGAGGGAACUACGGGUAAUUUUAAGUGUAUUUACGAAACCGAACAUACCCUCAACAACGGGGUAACUAAUAUUAAAUUAACCGGGGAUAAAGUGAUUGCGGCACGCCUUAGUGGUCGCAUCGACUUCCUACGGCUGGAAACGUAUACCCAGGGUCGUCAAAUCGACUGGGGAUUCACGUCAGCGUAUCGAAGAACCCACAUACGAACGGGUUCGGCAGGAAGUUUGGGAAUGUUCCAAAUAGGAGGUUCUUCGGGAGCGCAUCCGUCCAGUGCAGCAGCUGCCCAAUCGGAGGAAGAACUCCGUUGUAUAUUAGAGCACCACCAGCAAGGGCAUCGGAUGCCGGUCACGUGUCUGGAAGUGGCAGGUGGUACCGUCAUGACCGGAAGCCAAGAUCACACCGUAAAGGUGUUCCGUCUCGAUAGUCACAUGCUGCAGUUCACGUUGCAUGGGCACUGCGGGCCAAUAUCGUGCCUGUUCAUCGACCAGUGGCAAGCAGGCAUGGGCGCAUCCGGCUGUCAGGAUGGGUUCCUUUGCGUGUGGGAUUUAAUAAGAGGCGGCUGUAUGUACAAAAUUGAAGCUCACGACGAUUCAAUAGUGGCACUUGCAUGCUCCCCCAGCUACGUGAUUUCGCUUGGUUUAGAUGAGCGGAUACGAGUUUGGGAUCGCUUCCAGGGCCAACCACUGACUACGAUGGCGGUUACGCAUGUCUACUCGUCACUGGUCAUGCUCACACCGUCUCUUCUCGUAACGGGGAAGCCAGGAUCGCUGGUCGUGUGGGACGUCCGGACGGGGGAGAUUGUUCGGGAGGUCAAACUGGAUUGCUCCAAUUCGCAGCUUAGCCCGAAGAUCAUGCUGCCCGCGUGCGGCUCGGUGAUCUGCGACUACGGCAAUCAAAUGAGAAUAGUCCGUUUCCCGCUGGUGGCCGCGGACAAGUGUGAUUAAAUCACCAAACCAAACCACAAGACUUACACACAAACACCUAAACUAAAGACAGAGAACAUUACAAAAUAAUAAUUCCUAACUCAGAGCUAAGACAAACCCAACAAAUGCAACUAAAGAGAUAUCAUAUGCGAGUUAGUAGGUUUCUUCAUAAGUAUCACUUGCACUAUGAAAAAGAACAUUAAUUUAUUAAGUUGCUAAAUUUAUGAUAGUUUUAGCAUAAUUAUAUUUAUUUAUCGUGUUUAGAAGAUUUCGUUGUUUAGAAGUUUGCUCAAAUUAUUCAAUUCGCAUCAGGACGGGAAAUAGCAAUCGUGCAGCUCUCUAAGGCAGUGAAUUUUUGUUUUAGUAACUUAUUGACAAUAAAAAGCUGAAUUUCGAGAUUAAACUGUUCGAUUAAUGAAUAUCCAAGUAAACCACAAGGUGAUUGAACUUAUGUAGGCCUUUAAAGUAAGAUUGAACAACGAAAGCACUCAUUGAAAUUGUUAACAUUUUUACAAUGCAUCAACAUCCAAUACACUAAGUAGAUCGUAGGGUUAUCAAUUUGCCACCAGAGAGGAAAUACAACAUUGAUUAUCAUGCGCCAGACAUGUUUCCAAUAGACACAAACAACACAACCACACUUUAUCGAUACCUGCAACUGUUGAACGAGAAUGCCUUUGAUGAAAAAAUGCAAACCCAAACUAUUGAAUAGUCAGUUUUAACAAACUCGAAAACAAAGUUAAUAAAGUGAAACCGAAAUUUAA